AUGUCGUCCUCCUUUCCGCCAUCAUUGUACGAGAUCGUGACCCCGCGUCUGGUCAUCCGAAAUGCUAUUCCCUCAGAUGCAAAAACGCUGGCCCGCAUCCUCUCCUCACCCGAGAACAUGCCGUACCAAAGAGGCCACGGCAGUAUCUCGAUCGACGGGAUGCUCCGUCGCAUAGCCAACUGGAACAAAAUGGCCUCCGAUGGUUCCAAUGCAUUCCUGGCCAUUGUGUUACGCGAAACGGGCGAGCCUAUCGGUACUGGAGGCUUUAACUGUUUCGAACUGCAUCCUGGCGGUGCUGACACACCCGCGCCCGAACCAAGCGUCGAUCCACAGUCAAGCGCAGCAUCUGGCGGAAGUCCCUACCUGACUGACAUUGGCGUCAUGCUCGACCACCCGCUCUGGCGUAGGGGUUAUGCAACCGAGGCAUUGUGCGCAUCCAUCGACUUCGCAUUUACCGAGUUGAAGUGCCAGCUGAUCAGGCUCGAGACGGACAUCGAGAAUGAACCUUGGAGAGCGUUAAUGCGAUCUUUGGGUCUCGGGGAUCUGGAGGAGAGUGGCGUUGCGAGUUACGAUGGGACGACGGGGUGGCUAUACAAGAUAGAUGUUGAGACGUGGGAGACCACCAAAACUAACAUGAAGGCUAGCGGAAAGUGGCCGCUGUAG